GACACCAGUGAAUCUGCGGAAAGCAUGGCUUUGGGCGCGAUGCAGAGAUGGCCAGGUCUUGGGGCCCCAGUGAUGCCCCGGCCACGGCCUGAUUUUAGACCGAGAACUCUGAGAGAAGCGUCGGCCAGCGACCGGCUUCUCUAUGACAGCCUGAGUCGUGAGGUUGGCAAACUGAAGAGCGGCAAAACGCGAGCAGCCGACCGCCAGCGUCGCACCCCGCCCCGGCGCCGUCCUUUGGCGCCAGCGCCGCGCCGGGCGGACACGGCCACGCGGUGGACUUCGGCCGCAUCGGCGCCGAUGGCCGCACGUCUCUUUGGAGUCAUGUGCUUCCUGGGGCCUUUGGUUUUAGCCAUACCUUAUGGCAUGCAACUUUUUGCCAGCAGCCAGAUGUUGCGGGAGUUGCUGCUGAGACCUUUGUUGCCCUUAGUUUUGGCAUUUCAUUCUUCGAGGUUCGCCAAUUUGCUGUCCAUCGUAGCACUUUACGCACUGGC